UUCAGGCGAGUGGCAGCUGUUGCACAUUUUGGUAGUCGAAUGACUCGAGCCGAGCUACCCGACUCAGCUAGCUAGCUCUGCCUCCAGCUUUGGCUGAGCUACAGUGACAAAUACGCUAAGCCCCCGACUCAUCUUUUCGAAAUCUCGUGGAACGCUGACAGGAAUUUCCAACUUUCACCAUGGCUUUGUGUGUGGAUGGGAAAUCAUUGGAGAGUGUUGGGCCCGCUGCACUUCACCUGAUGCCAUGCACAGUAGAGGGGAAUGCGGAGGCAAAUGUGUCUCAAUUCUUCACACCUGCUAUAAGACAGAGCGAGGAAAGCCUGGGCACGACAGGUCAGCAGGUUUCAUUUCGUGGUAGACUCCUAAGAGGUCAUGAGAUGCCUGUCCCAGAGGGUUAUAAAGGUGUGAUUCUCAAAGAACCAAGUAAACCUUUUACAGAAGAUGAGGAUCGUACAUUGAGAGCAACCCACAGUUUUGAGAAGUUUACCUACUGGAAUUUAGAAACAGCGCCCUCUACCAAUGACACAAUUCAACGAGCCAUGGCCUGGACUAGCAUAGCAUCUGCAUUGCACAGUCCGGUAGAAUCUGAUAAGGCUUCCCUGGAAUCACAGAGUAGUGUGACUGGCUGCAGAUGAAGACUCUUCCGUUCUCUACCUCCUACGUCAGUGCCAGAUGUCAGGCUUCCGCUUGAUUUCAUACCUUGUCACUUCUCUGUUUCAGGCUUUUUCAGACUAGUACUUGAGAAAAACAAAAUAAAAUGACAUCCCUACCUGCUACGGCUGUGCCAGAUGUCAGGCUUUCGUUUUAUUUUUUAAUGCCCUGUCACUUCUCUGUUUCAGACCUCUCAGGCUACUUGAGUAAAACCAAAUAAAAUGUCAUCCCUCCCUGCUUCUUAACCACUCACGUCUUACCAAGGGUCUGAAGAUGACUUUCUUUUCUUGAAAGACCCUCGAGAUAGAAAUUCUUAUGUUAGGACACUGCAAUGUCAACCAUUGGCCCAUGUCAGAUACGCGAUACAUGAUACUUUAAAUCAAAGAAAAUAUUCUCAGUCUCGAAAAUGAAGAUAUUAGUGACUCAAAAAGUAGAUAUCAACAAAGGUUUUUGUUUACAGCACAUAGACAUCCAAUAGAAUCCCAUGCAUGCAUUUUUAUCGCAGUAUAAGGUUGCCAUUGUGAAUAACGCUAAAUUAUAUCUUCUUCUUUUUUUGGGGGGGGGGGGAGGGUCUAUUUUUUUCUUCUUGAACAUUAUUAAUAUUUUAAAGAAAUGCUUGGAUUGUUUUAUCCUGUGGUUUUAUUCUGGAGACCUUCAGAAGAUUUAAAUUUCCCCUUUCUUGUUUUGAGAAGUUUGUAUAUCUAAUUUCCCCUUAUGAAGAUUUGAGUAUGUGGCUUUAGUUUCUUCCUUCAUGGGGUUUGCGUUAUUAUGUUGAUACUUUCCUUUAAAGUCUUGUACUGAGGCACUGCUGAAAAGUGGUGCAGAAUCUGAAUCAGAGGUUUUAGGGUUCUAAUCCUGACCCAAUGAUGAUACCCGUUUUUAUGUGCGAGGCAUUUUAUGUAGAGUUGUUUCUCUUGAUACAGGUGCAGCAAAAGGAUUGCGGUAAACUAGUGUAGAGGAAGUAUAAUUUCGAGAGAUUCUCUCUGCUCUGUGUGUUGCCAAAGCUAGCUAAAGCCACUGUAUUUAUUUUUUUAUUUUUUUUUAAUAAACAAGUAUCAUCAGUUUAUUUCAUACUUUAUCACAGUAAUAGUAUAAUUUGAAAAUGAGAAAAUUGUAAAAAUGAAAUGUUAAUUAAAAAAAAAAGGAUUUGACAAUAUUUCUUACAGCAACAAAUCUGUCAUGUAACAAAUUUUUGUCAUAUUGAUAUUUCCUUGUAAUAAAUUUUGUAAAUAAAUAAAACAAUAAAGACUUAAA